UUAAAGAUAUUGCCUUGGAUUUUUGGGAAAACACCUUCAUUUAAAAGGUUUUUAUUCUUUAUUUAAGGAAUAAUGAUGAGAAAGACAAAGAAAUGGGGUGAUUUCACGGAACGACUAUAAAGUGGAUGGGUUUAAGCUCGGUUCUUGGGUUUGGAGAGGUCCACACAAUGGAGAAGCUUGGCAAAAAAAUGAGGAGAUGAGAGAGGAAGACAGAGAUUUUGAAGAAAAGGAAACGGAAAGCAGAUAAGAGAGAAACCAAUCAAAAUUACUUGAUUUAAAUUUAAAAAAAAUUUAUAUAUUACUAACAUGGCUUGCGAUAGUAGAAAGGGAAGGGAAAGGGCCAAAAUACACAGAUUCGCGUCGAGAGAGGGUAAAACGGCUUCUCCAUAUUUCUAAGAGAGAAAGGUCGAUAGAAGAUGUCGGGAUGGGACGAGGGAGGAGUGUACUACAGCGACCAGGCACAGUUUCCCGAUGGUUCGCCGGAAGCGGAGGUGGCAGCUGCCGCCAGCCGCCACUCGAUUCUUCAGAAGUUUAAGGAGUUUAUCAGAAACUUCGAAACCGAGAGGAACGUGUUUCCGUAUAGAGAGAGCCUGGUUAACAACACUAAGUUCCUGGUGAUCCGCCUCGAAGAUCUCCUCUCCUUCGACUCUGAUCUCCCUUCACUCAUCAGAUCCUCCCCCUCAGAUUACCUGCCAUUGUUUGAGACGGCAGCAGCUGAGGUUUUGGCGAGUCUAAAGAUGAGAGUAGCAGGAGAUUCGGGGGAAAUGGUGGAGCCCCACACUGACGAGGUUCAAAUUUUGCUGAACUCCAAGGAAGAUCCAGUGUCCAUGCGUUCACUUGGUGCCCAAUAUAUCUCAAAACUGGUUAAGAUAGCUGGGAUCACAAUUGCAGCUUCGAGGGUUAAGGCAAAGGCUACCUAUGUGAACUUAAUAUGUAAGAACUGUAAAAGUCCAAGAACAGUUCCAUGCCGACCAGGACUUGGUGGGGCAAUUGUCCCUCGAUCAUGUGACCAUAUUCCUCAGCCUGGAGAAGAGCCUUGCCCAAUUGAUCCUUGGAUUGUGGUUCCUGAUAAGAGCAAAUACGUUGAUCAACAAACAUUGAAACUGCAGGAGAAUCCAGAGGAUGUUCCUACUGGCGAGCUUCCCAGAAACAUGCUUCUUUCAGUGGAUCGUCGUCUUGUACAGACAAUAGUUCCUGGGACAAGAUUGACAAUCAUGGGCAUUUACAGCAUCUUUCAAUCUGCCAGUUCAACCACCUCUCAUAAAGGAGCUGUAGCUGUUAGACAGCCUUAUAUCAGGGUUGUAGGAAUGGAAGAAACAAAUGAAGCCAGUUCUCGAGGUCCUGCAACUUUCACACAAGAAGAGGUAGAAGAAUUCAAAAAAUUUGCCUCACACCUAGAUGCAUAUGAAACCAUAUGCUCUAAGAUUGCUCCUUCGAUAUUUGGCCAUGGUGAGGUGAAAAAGGCUGUUGCAUGUCUUCUUUUUGGAGGAUCAAGGAAGAAUUUACCUGAUGGGGUGAAAUUAAGAGGUGACAUCAAUGUAUUGCUUCUGGGGGAUCCAUCUACUGCGAAGUCACAGUUUCUGAAGUUUGUUGAGAAGACAGCCCCUAUAGCUGUUUACACUUCUGGGAAAGGCUCAUCAGCUGCUGGUCUUACAGCUUCUGUUAUUCAAGAUAGCAGCUCUAGAGAAUUUUACCUUGAGGGAGGAGCCAUGGUUUUGGCAGAUGGAGGUGUUGUUUGUAUUGAUGAGUUUGAUAAGAUGAGACCGGAGGAUAGAGUUGCUAUUCAUGAAGCCAUGGAGCAGCAAACAAUAUCUAUUGCCAAGGCAGGAAUAACUACAGUCCUCAAUUCAAGAACCUCAGUUCUUGCAGCUGCUAACCCUCCUUCAGGACGUUACGAUGAUCUUAAGACAGCACAGGAUAAUAUUGAUUUGCAGACAACAAUACUUUCUAGGUUCGAUUUAAUCUUCAUUGUAAAAGAUCUGAGGAUCUAUGACCAAGAUAAGGUGAUAGCCAGUCAUAUCAUAAAAGUUCAUGCAUCUGCUGAGGCAGCUUCAGGUGAUGGAAGAGCUUCUAAAGAAGAGAACUGGCUUAAGAGGUAUAUACAGUAUUGUAGAACAGAAUGCCACCCUCGCCUUUCAGAAGCUGCCAGUAAAAAACUGGAGGGAGAUUAUGUUGAUAUCAGAAGGGCAAUGAGGCAGCAAGCAAAUGAAACUGGAGAGGCUGCUGCAAUACCCAUUACCGUGAGACAGCUGGAAGCUAUCAUAAGGUUAAGUGAGGCCCUAGCUAAAAUGAAACUGUCUUAUGUUGCGACUGAAAGUGAUGUGGCUGAAGCAUUAAGACUUUUCAAGGUUUCCACAAUGGAUGCAGCACGAUCUGGAAUAAAUCAGCAAAUUAAUCUUACUCCUGAGAUGGCCAAUGACAUAAAGCAAGCAGAAACUCAGGUAAAGAGAAGAUUGGGAAUUGGAAAUCGCAUAUCAGAGAGAAGGCUAAUUGAUGAUCUAACUAGAAUGGGGAUGAAUGAAUCUAUUGUUAGAAGGGCCAUCUUAAUCAUGCACCAGAGAGGUGAAGUCGAAUACCAACGGGAGAGGCAUGUGAUUGUUCGGAAAGCAUAAAUCCAAAUUAGCUUUAUUCAAAAUUACUACCUGAGCAAUUACCUGAGGCGCAAAGUUUCAGCAAUCAAAGGCUGCAAGUUCUAAUGGCAGUAAUUUUGAGCAGCAGAGGCGCUAUUAGAAAAGCAUUCUUAGUCUGUAACUAAAGCAGUGAUUUGUUACCGUGUUAAGUAUUUUUUUUUUUUCAGGCAAAUAGAAAUUGUAUUGGGAUUUUUUUUUUUUUAAUUUUAUGAAAAUUGUAUUGUGAUUGUUGAGAUGAAUACUAACUGUAGCAGUAGAAUCAGUACCUGAAAUAUCAAGAAAAUCAGUUCAGUAGG